CUGCAUUUGUCCCGGGAUGACCUGUUGAUGUCUGUAAAAUAAUAUAAGAUUUUCUGUGGUGGUGCUGGCCAUAGCGCCAUGGCUCAGACCCUUCAGAUGGCGAUCCCAAACUUUGGCAACAACGUUCUGGAGUGUCUGAACGAGCAGCGUCUGCAGGGGCUGUACUGUGAUGUGUCCGUGGUGGUCAAGGGCCAUGCCUUUAAGGCCCACCGUGCGGUUCUGGCUGCCAGCAGCUCCUACUUCCGUGAUCUCUUCAACAGCAGCAGCGGCAGCAAGAGCCCCGUGGUGGAGCUCCCGCCGGCCGUGCAGCCCCAGAGCUUCCAGCAGAUCCUGUCCUUCUGCUACACGGGCCGGCUCAGCAUGAACGUGGGUGACCAGUUCCUGCUCAUGUACACUGCCGGCUUCCUGCAGAUCCAGCAAAUCAUGGAGAAGGGAACAGAGUUCUUCUUGAAGGUCAGCUCGCCCAGCUGCGACUCGCAGGGCCUCCACGCCGAGGAGACCCCGUCGUCCGAACCCCAGAGCCCUGUCACACAGACGGGGGCCGCGGGCGCAGGAACUAGCGGAGGAGGAGGAGCGGGGGUCGUUGCCACAGCGACGAGCCGGCCAGCCUCUUGCCUGACCCCGUUGCCCUUGGUUUCACGAGUGAAGACAGAGCAGCCGGACGCAUCCCCUUACUCGGUGGUAUGCACCCCAGUGGCCAAGCGGCUGUGGGAGGGAGGUAACAGGGAGGGAGGUAGUGGAUCGGGAGGUUCAGGAGGAGGAAGCAUGAGGAAGGCAGCCCGUUACUCCCAGGAAACUACACGGAGCAGUGCCAUUCAGUUGCAGGGUGGCAUUGGACUGGGCCUUGGAUUGAGUAGUGGCAGCAGCAGCGGUACCAACGGUAAUGGCACCAGCAAUGCCACCCCUGAGGGUACCAGCCCUGGCACCAUGAGCGCUUAUGCCAGUGACUCGCCCAUAUCUUACCACGACGAUGAAGAGGAGGAAGAAGUGACAGAGGAUGGCACGGAGGAGCAGUACCGUCAGAUCUGUAACAUGUACACGAUGUACAGCAUGCUCAAUGUGGGAGCUGCAGCUGGGGAGCGUGUGGAGGCUCUUCCAGACCACUCUGAGUCCAGAAGGAUGAGGGGGAAGCAGGACCUGGCCUCUCUGCCUGCCGAACUCAUUGCUCAGAUUGGCAACCGCUGCCACCCCAAACUCUAUGAGGAGGGCGACCCUGCCGAGAAACUGGAGCUGGUCUCAGGCACCGGUGUGUUCAUCUCCAGAGCACAGCUGAUGAACUGCCAUGUGAGUGCAGGGACCAGACACAAAGUUCUCCUCAGGAGACUACUGGCUGCCUUUUUUGACAGGAGCACUCUGGCAAACAGCUGUGGGACGGGCAUUCGUUCCUCCACUAAUGAUCCCAGCCGCAAACCCCUGGACAGCAGAGUCCUGCAUGCCGUCAAGUUUUACUGUCAGAACUUCGCCACCAGUUUCAAGGAGAGUGAAAUGAACGCCAUCGCGGCAGACAUGUGCACCAACGCUCGACGGGUCGUCCGCAAGAGCUGGAUCCCCAAACUCAAGCUGCUGAUGGCCGAAAGCGACGCCUACGCCAGCUUCCUGCCCGAGGGCGUCAAACUGGAGGGAGACGGCCUGGGAUCCGAGCAUGGCUUCGACACGCCCAGCCUGGAGGGCGGGGCCUCUGUGGAGACGGACGGCUCCACCGGCGAAUCCCUGCAGGGCGUGGGUGGUGACGGCGGCGCUUUGUUUUAGUGCAGUGGCCCAGAUGGAAGAAAAGCCACUUGCUCUGGCCUGACCCCCACCCCCCCAGCCUUUUUUUUUUUUUU